UUUAUUUUUCUUGGUCGUUUAAUUCAAUUUAGUUUUUUGUUUUGAUUUACAUUUUGUUUUGUUUUGUUCUCUCCAUCUGUGAGAAUCUGUCCCAAUUUUUUGGGUUUCCCCAAUUUUCUGGGUUUUUGAUUCUUAUAUAUGGAUGGGAAUUUUAUUUUUAGGGUUCAUAUAAUAAUUGAGAAGGUGAUUUGGAUUCCUAUGGGUAUGGGAUUUGUCAUCAACUGGUCGAUCAUCAGCGCAGAUUGCGGAGGUCUCAACUUGGAAAGAUGCAAAGACAUCAAAAAUCAUUGCUCGAGUCAAGUUUGAAGCGGUGGAGUAUGAGCUAUGUCAAAUAUGCAAAUUAGUUAUGAUUUUGAUUGUAAAAGUUAUGAUAUUUUCUCUAUAUCUAUGGUUUACAAAUUUUUAUUAUUAUAGCCGUAUGGCUAUUAUUUAAUGAUAUUAUUACUUCCCAUUCAAAAAAAAAAUAGAAAAUUUGCUCAAUCCAAUUUAAUUUUGAAAACAAUGUGAUCUGAAUAAGUAUCUUGGAAAAUGGUGGACACUCCUGGCCCUGAUAUUAUAUUACUACGUACGCUACGAAAUGGUUGAACAAAAGAGUAAAUUUGAAGAUUGUCCUUGCUAGCUAAUUUAAUCCAAAAAAAAGUCCCAUCUGCCCAUGACCACAACUUGGAUGGCCUCACAUGGGACAAACACCCUCUCUUCUAAGGGCAUUUAUAAACCUCACUACCCCCCUUCUUUUUCUCUACACAAAACAAACUAACUUCACUUUGCUAGCUAUUAGCCAGCGAUACAACAAGCCAAGCUUAGCUAGCUUAUACCACCCUUAGCUUUUCUCUUCAUCUCUCCCUCCCUCCCCAUCAAACAACCACGACGAUGCGUUUAAUGAGGAAAGGUGUUAGUACACCAGCAAUGUCACGUGUCACGACGAGGAGGUGGCGAUGUAAGAAAGGGCAGCCACGACGAUCCCGUGAAGCGGUUUUGAGGAAGGUUAGGAAGUUGCAAAGAGUUAUACCCGGUGGCCAAAGGGUGCAGCAGAUAGACCACCUUUUUCUUCGAACAGCUGACUACAUUUUGCACUUAAGGUUGCAAAUUAACCUCUUACAAACUCUUUUUAAACUCUACUCAUCCUAUAUUUAAUUUAAUUUACUGAUUUAUUGUACCAUAUAUACAUAUUAUUAUAUCAUACGAAGUAUGAUAUUAGCAUUUUAGCAAUAAUUUAUUACUCUUUUCAACUCAAAAAAAUGAAGGGAAAAAAAAUAGAUCAAGCUUUUUUAGGGUGAAUAAAUUUAAUUUUUUUGUAGCUUAUGGAAUGCAUUACAUUGAAGUUGUAAUAUCGUUGUUAUUAUAUUAUAGCUUCAAUGUAUUAGAUUUCAUAAUAUAGUGUCAUUAAUAAUUAAUUAGUUUAUUGUUUAUAUAGUUAUUAGCUUGGUAUAUGUAAUAAUGAAGUC